CCCUUCAUUUGCGCCUGCAUGAGUGUCCAAUGGGUGACCUUUUGACAUCAGAAGGCCCAAAACUCCACCCUCAGAUCAUGCUAACAUCGUGAUUUUGUGAACAUGUGUUCUAUGAACAGCCAUGAAGCUUGACUAUGCUUGCUCAGAUUACUGAUUGCCUGUUUUCCUUACCUCAUCUUUUUGGGCACCUUGGACCACCUUCCUCCCCUAACCUAUAAGCAUCCCUAAAAUUCCAUCUUUGGAAAGGCAGAUUUGAGGCCUGUUCUCCAGUCUCCUGGCCUGGUUGCCUUGUGAAUAUGCCCUUUCUCUGCUGCAAAACUCAUGCGCCUCAGUGAUUGGCAUACUGUGUGAAAGGCAAAUGAACCUGGUUCCCUAACAGGAGCUGAACUGUCUCUUCCUACAAGUAGCCAGCAAUAAAGAUUCCUCUAGGAGAGGUAUGUUCUCCACGCCAGAGUGAGAAAAUAACCCUUACCACCAGAGAUUUCGAACUGGAGGUGGCAUUUGGACUGGAAUAAACAUUCUUGCAAAGUAACCAUUAUCUUCCACCUGUUUUACACCCCACCCCCCAUAUAUCUCCUAGGGGCUCCCCCAGAAAUUUUUACCACCUUAGCCAGAUUUUCUUUGUCCUGUCAUUUCUUCUUUAAUUUAUCACUCUUUUUCUAAAAAGUAUAAAAGCAUCUUGCUUUGGCCACUUUCUUCAGGAUUCAGUCUCUUAACAUCCCCGUGUACAUGUACAAUUAAUAAAAUUUGUAUACUUUUCUCUUGUUAAUCUGCCUAGUGUCAAUUUGGCUUCUAGAUGCAGCUGAUUAGCCCACUAAAAGCUAAAGGGUGUAGGGGGUUGAGGGUGAUCUCUGCCUCCCUUACUGGUGAACUUGAUUUUUGUAAACACUCAAAAGUCACUUAGGCUAGAGUUGGAGAUGGUGAUGGGGAUUCACUGGGAAGGCCUCAAGAGAAUGUUUUAAAGUAAUGGAAAAUUCCAUAUUUUGAUUAUGGUGUAAGGGCAUUUCAUUAUAUAUAAAUUAGAUAUCAAUUUUUAAAAAAGCUCUCAGACCAAAGCUAGUCAUUACAGCAAGAAAACAGGCAUAGCAAAUUUAAAACUUUGGAGAAAUACAUAGAAUACUUGCAUAUAGUGAUCCUGAUUUGCUUUAAAAGUGGCAUGAUUAAUGUAUUUAGACGAAAAUAAUCUUCGUUUUUCUUUGCUUUUAUUUACGAUCAGGAUAAAAUAAUUCUACGCUGCUGCCAAAUAAAAGACGAGUUAAAAUUAACUAACUGGAUCCUUAACAACCAUUCUAAGAGGCAGAUAUUAUUAUCCCAUUUUAUGCGUGAAGGCCCAGAACCCGGGCAAGGGCGGCGCACUCAGUACGCUCUUCCAAGCAUCUAGGCACACCCGGUCCACUACACCCCUACAGAGUCGGACGUGAGCACGGGCGAAGGCGUCAGCCGGGUCUACGCGGGAGUCACUGACCACACCCGGGCGAGAGCCGGCUUUCCGGUGCCGCCACAUUCCGGGGACCAGGCUCCGGGCCCUUCAGAGCAUUUGGGGCGGGCGACGGAGGUCCUGUCCACUCUCGCUUGGGUGCAGAAGGGCGCGGCGGUGCCGGGAAGCCGCCUUGGAAGUUCCAAGAUUAGCUCAAACUCCGCGCAGCCGAGCGCAGGUGCUGGGGGACUCGCCGCCUCCACGCAGACCUGGGGACAGUCCCGGAAGCCGGGGACCUGGCUCCGCCCCAGCCCGCGCCGUCGCCCACCGGCAGCAGCCAGGCCUCUUCCCUGGCCCCGGGAGCCCGCGCCGCGCCCUUCGCUCGCGCGUUCCAGUCCAGGCUACGAGCAGAGCAGUGAAGAGGAUUACAUGAGAUGCCCCUGAUACAAUGCCUGCAAGUAGUGAGUGCUCAAUAAAACAUAGCUGGAGCCGUUGUUUUUUCUGAUUCUUCUUCCUCCUCAUCUUGUUUCCUUUGUCUUAAUUUUCCCACGAAGACACCCUCUCCAGAGCCCAGCGAGUGUGAGGGACUGAUGGAGAAGUAUGUGGCUGCUAUGGUGCUAAGUGCAGCUGGAGAUUCCCUGGGAUACUACAAUGGGAAGUGGGAGUUCCUCCAGGAUGGGGAGAAGAUACACCGGCAGUUGGCCCAGCUGGGCGGCUUGGAUGCCCUAGAUGUGGGAAGGUGGAGAGUUAGUGAUGACACAGUGAUGCACUUGGCCACAGCAGAAGCUCUUGUGGAAGCUGGGAAAGCCCCUAAGUUGACUCAACUGUAUUACCUCCUUGCUAAGCAUUACCAAGAUUGCAUGGAAGAUAUGGAUGGACGGGCACCAGGUAAUGCCUCCAUGCACAACGCCAUGCAGCUGAAACCUGGCAAGCCCAAUGGCUGGAGAAUUCCCUUCAACAGCCAUGAGGGCGGCUGUGGGGCCGCCAUGCGGGCCAUGUGCAUCGGUCUCAGGUUCCCACACCAUAGCCAGCUGGACACGCUGAUCCAAGUGAGCAUCGAGAGCGGUCGGAUGACCCACCACCACCCAACAGGCUACCUGGGGGCCCUUGCGUCCGCUCUUUUUACAGCCUAUGCUGUGAAUGCCAGACCACCCUUGCAGUGGGGAAAAGGACUGAUGGAGCUGCUACCAGAAGCUAAAAAGUACAUUGUCCAAUCAGGCUACUUUGUAGAGGAAAAUCUUCAACACUGGUCCUACUUCCAAACCAAAUGGGAAAAUUACCUAAAACUUAGAGGGAUUUUGGAUGGAGAAUCAGCCCCUACCUUCCCCGAGCCCUUCGGUGUGAAGGAGAGGGAUCAGUUCUACACCUCCCUGAGCUACUCUGGCUGGGGUGGCAGCAGUGGGCACGAUGCCCCCAUGAUUGCCUACGAUGCUGUCCUUGCCGCGGGAGACUCCUGGAAGGAGCUUGCCCACCGAGCCUUUUUCCAUGGUGGAGACAGUGAUUCUACAGCUGCCAUUGCUGGCUGCUGGUGGGGAGUUAUGUAUGGUUUUAAAGGAGUGAGUCCCUCCAACUAUGAGAAACUAGAAUACAGAAACCGGCUGGAAGAGACAGCUAGGGCUUUAUAUUCUCUUGGGUCAAAAGAAGACACUGUAAUUUCCCUUUAGGAGACGUGAUGUUCAUUUCUGAUGGAUUCUUCUUUUGUGUAUUUCCUUUUCUGCUAUUUCUUUUCACUUUUUCCAAAGUCAAGAGUCUUAACCUUGUACUCAGGGAAUUUUGAGAUAACAAGUCCCUUGGGCACCUUGAGCUCAGUGUUUUCAGGCUCAUCCUUUUCUUCCAGAAUCUAUCCCUGUUCUUACACUGAAGAGUCUUUUCACUCAGUUGAUGGAGUCGGUGUCUCCCAACCAAAAAAUCUCAUAACCUCAUAUUUGAGUCUUCAUUUUCAUCAUGUACUUGUUCUAAAAGUUUUUUCUGUUUGUCUCAAGUUGGGUUCCCACAAAGUGGACUUUGAGACAAAGAUCAGAAUGCAAGCAGUUUAUCUGGGAGAUGAUUCCAGGAAAUACCGAUAUGAGAAUGGGGAAAUGAAACCAGGAAGGGAAGGGAGCUAGUACCGGGUAUGUCAAUGAGCAGGUUUCCACUGUGGGCAGUUGGCACUCUGCCAUCUGAAUCUUCUGCCUAAAGCAGUCCUCAGAACUAUCCCAUUUGAAGAGCAAGCAAACCUGGGGUAUCUGUCCACUGACUUCCAUCUGACACUGCUUGAGGACCACUGCCAGGGGUGCUAAUCCCUGGUACUUCUUGGCUUGCCCUUUGAACAAACCAAACCUGAGUGUCUUCAGGUAAAGACUCAGAGAUACUUGCAGGGGCAAGCUGUAAGGGGCAUGGGAACAGUGAGGGAUAUAUGUGGGGUCCUAACAAUAUCUGCUAGGCCGGUCUACCUCCUAAAUAUACUCUAAAUCUAUCACCUCUAUUACCUUCUUGCCCUGAGGAUUUUUCAGCUGGAUUUCUGCAAGCCAAGCUACUCCAGUCUGGGACAUGCUGCUCUGAGCUGCUCUCAGUACUCUCCUCAUCAUGGCAGUUAACACGUUACCAAUUUUGUUAUUAUCUAUUUGCUUGUUUGUAUUAUUUCUAGACAGAACCUAGCACAGUGCUUGGGCAGCCAAUAGGCAUUAAUCAGUAUCUAUUGAGUGUUAUGAACUAGCCUCCUAGCUUGUGCUUCCCUCAUUACCCUCCAGAGUUAUGUUUACAAAUAACAAAUUGACCAUGCUAAACUAAUCAUGGUCUAAUCAUGUUCUUCAUUUCUUGAUGCUCUUCCCAAUCCUUGUCUACCUGAUAAUAAAUUCUUACUUGUCCUUCAAGACCCAACUCAGAUAGAUAGAGCUUCCUGGGUGAAACCUGCUCUGAUUGUUCAGGCACUUGGCCACCUUCUCUUCACUCCUCCCACAACCUUCUGUCCUGGCCUUGUCACUGCAUCAAUCCUGUUGUGUGGUGCUGUGUGUCUUCUGAGUCAGUCCUAGGCACAGGCUGCCCAGCAGAUGUCCACCUGGGAAAUGAGAUGCCAUCAUCACGUUCAUUUGGUCACCCUCAGUCCAGCCUGUGCCUGGACUGGAGAGUAAGUGGGCUUACUCUCAUUUGGCCUAUUCUCAGGGGUGGGAAGGAAGAGCGUCUCCUCCUUCUCCUUUUGAGAAAACCACAAAACUAUGACUCAUGAUUUUUCCUUUGUGAAAUCCCUGGUUUUCAGCUGGGAGUGGUGGGGAAAUGAGGUCUGAUGAUAGCUGUCCUGCCACCUUCUGGUUUGUCCCAUAGGAAUGUUUUUCCAGGUCCUUCCAGUCUUUUUAGAAUGUGGUGGAGGAGGGUUGUGUGUGUCGCAGGGGGUAGGGGUUAGGGGAUGCAGGGAGGAUCUUAGCAUUUGUUGUUUUCUAGUGCAGGGCUUUAGCCACAAUUGUAAACAAGAGGAAAACGCUCUUUAGGGAUCCUAUUAGAUUUGCUUUGCCGAUUGUCACUCUUCCUUACAGGCACAUUUCAAAAAGAGGUUAGACUUUCAGACUUCUUUUUUCUCAAACCUCAAAACCUCCACCCAAACUUCACUCUCAGCUGGUGACUUUGCUUCCUUGUGUGUGUGUGUGUGUCAGAGAAAGAGAGAGAGAGAGAGAAGGGAGGAUGAAAACGAAUGGGGGAAAGAGAUGAACUUUAUGCAUAACGUUAGGGUAAAUCAAUAAAGAUGAUCUGACACAUUGUA